CUGUCAAACGGAAAUGACCGGACGUCAUACAGUGAACACUUGCAACGUCCGUCGUAGUUGUGUUGAAAGUUUUGAAAAGUGUUAUGUCUGUAUCGCAGGUUCUUAUAUUUAUAUCGUGGUGAUAACUUUAUUAGGUUAUUGUUUUUAUUUUUGAGGUUUGGCGUGGCACUUAUUAUUCUCGAUAAACAGGAAGACGUUGGGAUUAAAUCGCGUUUGCCGUAGUGGCGACAAGCACAGGUUUGCAGCUCUGUUUUGGUUUCUCCUCAAAGCCAACAUGUCGACGUUAUUCCCGUCCUUGUUUCCCCGAAUAACGGAGUCUCUGUGGUUCAACUUGGACCGACCAUGUGUGGAUGAGACUGAGCUACAGCAGCAGGAGCAACAGCAUCAAACCUGGUUGCAGAGCAUUGCUGAAAAAGACAACAAUCAGCUGCCCAUUGGGAAAACUAUUUUUGAGGGAGGAGGAUACGAAGAGGAGGAAGAAGAAGACGAUGAGGAUGAGGAGGACAGUGAGGACGACUCUGAAGACGAAGAGGACAUGCAGGACAUGGAUGAGAUGAACGAUUACAAUGAGUCGCCCGAUGAUGGAGAGAUCAAUGAGGUGGACAUGGAAGGACAAGACCAAGACCAAGACCAAUGGAUGAUUUAAUAAAGACUUUGGAGCGUCUA